CUUUAGUAUGAAAGUCACUUUAAAAGACACAGUCCAAACUCACUGCAUUAGCUGCAUGAUUGGUCUUCAUCAUGCCUCUUAAUUCUGGAUGUUUUUGGAAAGGUCUUUUGUUGUUCACCCUUCUGUCCAUCUCUGUGAAUGGACAAAAACAAGGACCCUCUUUCAUGGUGACAUUUCCAGCUGUGAUACAGUCUGGAUCUGAAGCCAAACUGUGUGCAAGUCUCCUGAAGCCCAAUGAAAGUCUCAUAAUGAACAUUUAUGUAGUGAAUAAUUUGGAGAACACAUUACUGCUGCAAGAGAAAAUAGACAAAGAAUUUCACCGCUGCUUUAACUUCAAGGCUCCACUAGUAGUAGAAGACUCAGUCCAGAAAAUAAAGGUGGAAGUUAAGGGGGAGUCUUUCCAGAUGACUGAAGAGAGAAAAGUGAUGUUUAGACACUACAAUCCUCUGACCUUUAUUCAGACUGAUAAACCAAUCUAUAUUCCAGGACAAACAGUGCACUUCAGAGUUGUUACCAUGGACACAAACUUUGCACCCCUUGAUCAGCAGUAUAGUGCAGUGGUGCUUGAGGACAGUCAUGGAAACAGAAUCGGUCAAUGGUCAAAUGUUUCCUCAACACGGUGGAUAUUACAGCGUUCUUAUGACUUAAAUCCAGAAGCUCGUGAAGGCAGCUAUAAACUGACGGCUCUCGUUGGUGAAAGAAUGAUUACACAUUAUUUUAAUGUGAAAAAGUAUGUUUUGCCCAAGUUUGAUGUGACCGUCAAAAAACCCACGGAAGUCAGCAUUGGGGAAGAGGAAAUGACAAUUGAGGUUUGCGGAAAAUACACAUACGGACAGCCUGUACCUGGCACAUCUUGGGUAAAAGUGUGUCGUAAAUAUUUACAUCACGUUGUCAUCAGUGACAGUACCCCACUCUGUUUGGAGGAGAUCACUGAGAUGAAAGAGAAUGGCUGUGCCACCCAUACCAUCAGAACAUUGCACUUUUUCAACACCACAUUGAACGAUAUUAUGCAUAAUAGUUUUACCGUUAAUGUGAAAGUAACAGAAGAAGGAACAGAGACCUCCAUGACAAAAUCUGAAUCUAUAUCUCUCACUUACGAAAUUGGCAAAGUCACAGUUACAGGCCCCAAAACAUUUGAACAUGGAUCAGUUAUUGAAGGACACAUCAAGCUUAUCGAUUUCAAAGGGAUGCCGAUUCCUCACAAAGACGUGUAUCUUUUUGAGGGGGAACGCUGGUCUUCAACUCUUCGGUUAAAUCUCACUACAGACAGUGAUGGACUGGCCGCUUUCUCGCUUAAUACAUCAAGUCUGCCUCAAAGAGAUAUUAGUCUGAUGGGAAAUAUAUGUCCAGAUACGCAUUAUCGUGGCUACACAAACCCUCACUACUCUACAGACAAAACAAUAAUUUUGCUCUUUCAGCCAGCCACUCCACAUACACCCACAUUAAGUGAAUUGACAAUAGAAGGUGCUAAUGAGCCUUUAAAGUGCAAUUCUGAGUUUCCAGUCACCAUUAAAUAUUAUUUUAUUGGUGAAACUACUGAUGACUUCAACACUGACAUUGUCUAUAUGGUUUUGUCCAGAGGAGUGAUAGUUCAUCAUGGAUAUGAGAAGGUUAAAGUGAAGACUUCUAAUGGAGCAGCGAAUGGCUCAGUGUCAUUCAAACUGUCUGUUGAAGCAGAUCUGAGUCCAGCUGUGCAGAUUCUAGCUUACUGUCUUCUGCCCAGUGACAAUGUGGUCGCUGGUAGCAGAUAUUUUGAGACUGAAAAAUGUUUCAAUAACAAGGUGUCUGUGCAGUUUUCUCCUGCUUCAGCAGUUCCUGGUGAAGAAAACACUCUACAGCUGUCAGCUCAGUCUGCUUCACUGUGUGCUCUCAGUGCUAUAGAUCAGAGUGUAAUGAUCUUGGAAUCUGGCAAACGUCUGGAUGCUGAUAAGAUCUUUGAAUUGCUUCCAGUGCGCUCAGCUAUAGAAUUUCCCUACAACAUUGACGACCAGCAGGAGUGUUUGCACGUUAGACCCCGUCGAGCAUCGGCAACAGAAGGUGCCUUUGAAACCUUGAAGAAAGUGGGAUUGAAGAUGGCAACAAAUUUGCCUAUUCAAGUCCCUCGAUGUCUGAAAUACAUGGGCUUGACUUAUCACCAAUACCUUGAAUCAGUGAUGUAUCGUCAUCAUCCAGUUGCCAUGGUUCAGUCAAUGUUCGAUAGAGCGCCACAAAGUGCAAUAGAGACGGUUCGGACGGUUCGGACAAUCUUUCCAGAAACAUGGAUCUGGCAACUAGUUGAAGUUGGGGACUCAGGAUCAACACAAGUUCCUGUGACGGUUCCUGACACCAUCACCACCUGGGAGAUGGAUGUCUUCUGUCUGUCCUCUAAAGGUCUGGGUCUGGCUCCUCCUGCUCAGCUGACAGUUUUCCAGCCCUUCUUCCUGGAGCUCUCACUGCCUUACUCCAUCAUCCGUGGAGAGAUCUUUGAGCUGAAGGCCACCGUCUUUAACUAUCUGUCCAAGUGCAUCAUGGUUAAAGUAACUCCAGCUCCGUCCUCAGACUUCACUCUUAAAGCCUCCUCUGAUGAUCAGUAUUCAUCCUGUCUAUGUGCUAAUGGAAGAAAAACAUUUAAAUGGAUUCUCACUCCUUCUGUGCUUGGAGUGUUGAAUAUUACAGUGAGUGCAGAGGCAGAGCAGUCACAGACUGUGUGUGACAAUGAGAUUGUGAGCGUGCCAGAGAGAGGACGCAUUGACAUAGUUACUCGAAGUCUCCUUGUACAGGCUGAAGGAACUGAAAAGACAGAAACGCACAGCUGGUUACUGUGUCCAAAGGGCAACAGUCUGUCAGAAGAACUUGAUCUGACUCUUCCUAAAGAUGUGAUAGAGGGAUCAGCCAGAUCUUCUGUUUCAGUCAUUGGAGACAUAUUGGGUCGUGCGCUGCAGAAUCUUCAUGGAUUAUUGCGGAUGCCGUACGGUUGUGGUGAACAAAACAUUGCUGUUCUUUCUCCCAAUAUUUACAUUUUACAGUAUCUGGAGAACACAGAGCAGCUCACCUCAAACAUCAGAGAGAAAGCUGCAGGCUUCUUGAAGAGUGGUUAUCAGAGACAACUGAACUAUAGACAUCAUAGUGGUGCAUACAGCACAUUUGGUCAUGGAAAUGAGAAUACAUGGUUGACAGCUUUUGUCCUGAGAUCUUUUGGCAAAGCACAGAAAUACAUCUUCAUUGAUCCACAUGUUAUUCAGAGUGCAAAGGAUUGGUUAAUAAGAGGACGUAGUUCAGACGGCUGUUUUAUUCAACAGGGAAGUUUGUUCAACAACAGAAUGAAGGGUGGAGUAAAUGAUAAUGUGACCAUGACUGCCUACAUCACUGCAUCAUUGCUUGAACUGGAAACUCCAGUGACCGAUCCUGUGCUCACUCAAAGUUUGUCUUGUUUAAGGUCCGUCAUUGGGAAUCUUAAAAACACUUACAGCACUGCGCUGCUUGCCUACACUUUCAGUCUGGCGAAUGACACAGACACCCGACAGCGGCUUUUAAAGGAGCUCGACACUGUUGCCAUUUCAGAUGGAGGUCUCCUUCACUGGACUCAGAUGGGAUCUAGUGAUGAUUCUGGUUCUCUGGCAGUGGAGAUCAGCUCAUAUGUUCUGUUAGCGGUUCUCACAACAGAUUCAGUCACUACAGCUGAUCUGGGAUAUGCUAACAGGAUUGUGAGCUGGCUUGUGAAGCAGCAGAACGCUUAUGGAGGAUUCUCCUCUACACAGGACACAGUUGUGGCUCUUCAGGCUUUGUCUUUGUACGCCACCAAAGUGUUCAGCUCUGAUGGCUCCAGCACAGUGACGGUUCAGUCAGCAGGAGACUCUCACAGCUUUGAUGUGAAUCAAGACAACAAGUUACUGUAUCAGGAGAAGAAACUGAAGAACCUUCCAGGAAAAUACAGCAUUGAAGUGAAUGGAUCAACCUGUGUGUCUGUGCAGAUGGCUCUGUUUUACAACAUUCCCACCCCCAGUGAAGAUAAAUCAUUGACUGUUGAAGCUUUACUUGAGGCUGAUUGCAAAAAAUCAUUCGGACAACAACAUCAAUUGAACUUCACAGUGAAAUAUAAUGGUUCACAGGAAAACACUAACAUGGUCAUUGUGGAUAUUAAACUCUUAUCAGGAUUCACAGCUGAUACAUCUUCGAUUGGCAGAUCGCAGAUGUUUGAAUUAUUUGUGGAGCGGGUGGAUUCUAAAGAUGAUCAUGUCAUUGUGUAUUUGAAGAAGGUUCUCAAAAAUAUUCCCAUGAAUUAUAAGAUACAAUUAAAGCAGAUUCAACCAGUUAAGAACCUCAAGCCAGCGGUCAUUAAAAUCUAUGAUUACUACCAAACAAGUGAUCAGUCAGAGACCGAGUACUCCUUCCCCUGUGAAUAAACUUCAGUACGGCAGCUUAAAUAAAGUUCAAGUGAAUACACAAAUGUUUAAUGUUAUUUUAUGUGUUCAUUUAUUUUGUUCUUUAUUUCAUGCAAAUAAAAAAUAAUUUGCUA